UGCGUUGAAGGGAGGCAGUCAGGCGGACAAACGAUUUCCCGUUUAAUUUAAAAAAAAACGUUUUCCCCAGAAAGUUAUUUCUGACGCGUUAACACGGCUUGGAACCACUGGAAGUCGAAGUCAGGCGGCGCCGAGCAAUUGGAGUCCGCGGCAGUCAGUUGGCAAAGAUCGCGCGAGUGGCUUAGACACGCAGCACUAACCCAGUAACUAGAGUCUCAAAUCGGGCUUGCUAACUGAUCGAGUAAAUAUAGUAAGCCGCCCCUGGGGAAAAGUGCGAAAGCAGCACCUGACAGCCCAGAAGUUUGCUAACACGAAGACAAAUCAGUUCCCAGCAUUCAAGCGGGCAAACAAUAUUGCCAGAUAUAGAGGCCACAACGAAUUGAAUCCGACGAGCCCAUCUGCAACCGGAGAUUCGUAGUCUGCGCGAUCCCCUGGCCAGAUAUGUCGGAGGCUGCCACGCCCCCAGGAUCAGUGCCAGGUUCAGUGUUCCCACCUGGCUUCGAUCCCACCGCCGAAUCGGCCGAGAAGACCCUGUGUUUCCGAGGCUUUUGGGCCUGGGCGGUACUGAUUCUCCUGAUCGCCAUCUGCGUCGCGGUCUUCAUGUGGCUGCUGCGCAAGUGCAUCCAAGGUCCUGCCUACAGGACGGCCAACCGGAUCGAUGGCAAGGUGGUGAUCGUUACCGGCUGCAACACGGGAAUCGGCAAGGAAACCGUUCUCGAGUUGGCCAAAAGGGGCGCUCGGGUCUAUAUGGCAUGUCGGGAUCCCGGACGCUGCGAGGCCGCUCGCCUGGAGAUCAUGGAUCGCAGCCGCAAUCAACAGCUGUUCAACCGAACUUUGGACCUGGGCUCCCUGCAAUCGGUGAGGAACUUCGUGGAGCGCUUCAAGGCCGAGGAGUCCCGGCUGGAUUUGCUCAUUAACAAUGCUGGGAUCAUGGCCUGUCCCAGGACCUUGACGGCCGAUGGCUACGAGCAGCAGUUCGGCGUCAACCAUCUGGGCCACUUUCUGCUGACCAACCUGCUGCUGGAUCGCCUGAAGCAGAGUUCGCCCAGCCGAAUUGUGGUGGUCAGUUCGGCGGCUCACCUCUUCGGCCGGAUCAACCGGGAGGAUCUGAUGAGUGAGAAGAAGUACGGCAAAUUCUUCGGAGCCUACAGUCAGUCCAAGCUGGCCAACAUCCUGUUCACCCGAAAGCUCAGCUCGAUCCUCAAGGAUACCGGGGUCACGGUGAACUGCUGCCAUCCGGGCGUGGUUCGUACGGAGCUGAACCGCCACUUCGCGGGACCCAACUGGAUGAAGAGCGUGCUGCAGACAGGCUCCCUCUACUUCUUCAAGACCCCGAAGGCGGGUGCGCAAACCUCGCUGAGAUUAGCGCUGGAUCCCAAGUUGGAGGGCUCCACCGGGGGCUACUACUCCGACUGCAUGCGUUGGCCCCUGGUGCCCUGGGCCACGAAUAGGGAGACCGCCGACUGGCUGUGGCGGGAGAGUGAAAAAUUGGUGGGUCUUCCGCCACUGGAACCGCCGCCGCCGAACCAAACCCAAACCCAAAAUGGCAAUGGCACCCAGAACGGAAAUGGUAGUGCCAAUGGAUCACGGGAAAUGCAGUCCGUCGAAACAGUGGUGGUCAAUCGUUCGUAGUUGUAGUCAAAGUCCUUGAUGGAAGCGUUAUAUCCAGUGCAGACCUUCUUAUUUAUUCUUUACAAUAUUCCGUGUUUAAGUAUCCUUGGAAAAGUGCCUUCACUAUAAGCAGCUUGAGUCACUGAUUUUCUUGCCUGCUCAAGGAAGUUUAAAGCUACAACCAGAAAAUUGUUGAUGUAUAAAAAUGUACGUUAAACGAGUCAUACGUAAGUUCUAUAUUUUUUGUAUUCCCAAAUCAUGUUCAAUUGGGGUUUAAAGAACUUUCUCUGAGAUUUAAGAUUUGCAAGGGUACUUAAUCUGAUAAUCGGAGUUUUUUUUCUAAUACUCUUUUUUUUUUGUUCUGCACAUUAUCUUAAGCAAAAGAAAACCUAUUAAAAUAAAAAUCAAACCUGACAUGCAA